CAACAACCGUAUAACUAUGGUGCCAUUUUUGGGUUUAACUUGAGACAGUGUAACUGCAACUCUGCAUUCAGGUAUAGUAAAGUAGAUAAAUUAAUCCUCCAACUAAGCAUCAACCAAGAGCGCAAUGCAAGCUGCAUCAUCUGGCAUCGGAUAUGGUCUAAAAUAUCAGGCUAGAUGCAUAUCAGAUGUAAAAGCAGACACAGAUCACACAAGUUUCCUUGCCGGAACUCUUAGCCUCAAAGAAGAAAAUGAGGUACAUCUUAUUCGGCUUUCGUCAAGUGGAACAGAACUUUUCUGUGAGGGAUUGUUUUCGCACCCUAACGAGAUCUGGGACCUUGUUUCAUGUCCUUUUGAUCAACGCAUUUUCUCAACCGUCUAUUCUAAUGGUGAAUCCUAUGGAGCAGCAAUAUGGCAGAUUCCGGAGUUAUAUGGCGAGUUAAAUUCCCCACAGUUAGAGAGAAUUACCUCUCUUGAUACUCAAUCCGGUAAGAUUAAAUGUAUUCUUUGGUGGCCAACUGGAAAGCAUGAUAAAUUGAUUAGCAUCAACGACGAAAACCUAUGCUUGUGGAGUUUGGAUGUUUCCAAAAAAACUGCACAGGUACAAUCACAAGAUUCGGCUGGUAUGAUGCACAAGUUAUCUGGAGGAGCAUGGGAUCCCCAUGAUGUGAAUUCUGUAGCUGCAACUUGUGAAUCAUCUCUCCAGUUUUGGGAUGUGAGAACAAUGAAGAAGACACUUUCAGUCGAGUGUUCCCAUGUCCGCAAUGUUGAUUACCAUCCUACUAAAAAGAACAUAAUUGUUACAGCAGAACAUGAGUCGGGAAUACGCAUUUGGGAUCUAAGAAAACCAAAAGUUCCCAUCCAAGAGCUUCCAGGACAUACACAUUGGACAUGGAUUAUCAAGUGUAACCCAGAGUAUGAUGGAAUGAUCUUGAGUGCUGGAACAGAUUCGGCUGUCAAUUUGUGGUUGGCCUCUAUAAACCAUGAGGACUUAACGACUGAAAGCAGCCAAGCAGAGUCUCCUGUCCGUGUGGUUGAUCCAUUGCUUCAUACGUACAGUGAUUAUGAAGACAGUAUUUAUGGGCUUACUUGGAGUUCCCGUGAACCAUGGAUCUUUGCAUCUUUGUCAUAUGAUGGAAGGGUGGUUGUAGAAUCUGUUAAGCCUUUCCUCUCCAAAAAAUGAGGUUCAACACUAUUGCCUUGAUGCUACCAUUUGUCAUGUUAGCAUUGCCUUGAUGUGCAUAUCAGUAAUUUCCUGCUUCUCUGGUCUUGAGAUAAACAAAUGAGUGGAAGACUCAAUGUGAUCGAUGGUGGGUUUGAUGUGACUUAACAGGAUUAGAUGUUAUAUUGGCAUGGUAUCUUUAACCAGGAACCAUCCAUAGCUCAGAAAUCAACAAUUUUUUGGUAUAAUUUUUAUCUAUCAUCUUUGAAAUUUAGUUUGGAUUGUGAUUUGUAGCCCUAUUCUUUGGUUUGACAUCCAUCUUGUGUAAUUCAUGAAGUUAUUAUGUAAUCUAUGGAACGACAAGUUCUUUCUGUAUCUCCCAGUUCGGCUUGUAAUGUGUUGGAAUUUCGUGGUAAAAUAGUAACCUUUUUCUUGAUUGA